GGGAAAAGCAGCGCCUAUGUUGUGAUUGCAAAAAAACGGACCUGUAAAUCUACCGAGGUAGGUGUCUGGUGUUUCCAACCCUUUUCAUAUAAAAAAGUCUACGCUUUUCUUCUAUUCAUUACUCCUUAGCUUUUUUUUCUCCCUUUCCCCUGUACUUUCAUACUUUGUCACUGAAAAUGGCCCCUCUAGUUCAGUAAAUGGAAAAGCAAGUUAGAGUGUUGCUUAACCCAGGGUAGGGCCAGCUCACCUUUAACCAGAAAGGAACCCCUCCCCUCAACCCCCUUUCCAUCUCCUCACCAUCACCCCAAGCCUCCCCAAUCCCUUCCCCCGCCCCCCAGACGAUGCUGAAUUAUGAACGUGCCACAUCAUGAGUCUCCUGGGGCGGGUAGCUGUGCGUCGAGCCAGGAAAGCCGCCCUGCUCUGUGUCGUCUUCCUCAUGGUGCAAGUGUCCGUGGAGGUGGCGGCGGGAGCGGCGGGGCCCCAAGGCUGCCCGCCCGUCUGCUCCUGCAGUAACCAGCUCAGCAAGGUGGUGUGCACCCGCCGUGGACUCACCCGCGUGCCCCCUGGCAUUCCCACCAACACCAGGCACCUCAAUCUGAUGGAGAACUCCAUAGAAGCAGUACAGGCUGACUCUUUCCGCCAUCUUCACCACCUUGAGGUGCUGCAGCUCGGGCGCAACGCCAUCAGACAAAUAGAGGUGGGGGCCUUCAAUGGCCUUACGAGCCUGAAUACCCUGGAGCUCUUUGAUAACCGGCUGACUGUGGUGCCUAGUGGCGCCUUUGAGUAUCUGUCAAAGCUGCGAGAGCUGUGGCUCAGAAACAACCCCAUUGAGAGCAUCCCUUCUUAUGCCUUCAACCGAGUGCCCUCUCUCAUGCGACUGGACCUAGGUGAGCUGCGAAAGCUCGAGUACAUCUCUGAUGGGGCGUUUGAGGGUCUUGUCAACCUCAAGUACCUCAACUUAGGCAUGUGCAACAUCCGCGGAGAGAUGCCCAACCUGAACCCGCUGCUAGCGUUGGAGGAGCUGGAGAUCUCAGAGAACUUCUUCCCUGAGAUCAAGCCCAGCUCCUUCAAAGGACUGACUUCACUCAAAAAGUUAUGGAUCAUGAACUCCAAAAUAGGGCUAAUUGAACGCAAUGCAUUCGAUGACCUGACGUCACUUGUGGAGCUAAACCUAGCCCACAAUAACCUGAGCUCUCUGCCCCAUGACCUGUUUGCCCCACUGAAGUAUCUGGUGGAACUACACCUCCACCAUAACCCUUGGAACUGUGGCUGUGACUCGCUGUGGCUAGCACGGUGGCUGCGUGAUUACAUACCCACCAACUCAACCUGCUGUGGCAGAUGUCACUCUCCUGCACAUAUGCGAGGACGUCAGCUGGUGGAGGUGGACCGGGGUGACACUGGUGCAAUGCAGUGUUCUGCUCCUUUCAUCGCUGAUGCCCCAAGAGACCUCAAUAUCUCAGCAGAGCGGGUAGCAGAACUUCGAUGUCGAACAGCAGCCAUGUCAUCAGUGCGGUGGCUUCUGCCCAAUGGCACUAUACUGACACAUGCGUCCAGCCACCCACGUAUAACCGUGCUCAAUGACGGAACUCUAAACUUUUCAAACGUUCUGGUGGGUGACACGGGCAUGUACACUUGCAUGGUGUCCAACGCAGCAGGAAAAUCCAAUGCUUCGGCUUAUCUAAAUGUGAGCGCAGCUGAGCUGAACACAUCCAACCUCAGCUACUUUACCACGGUCACAGUGGAGGUGCUGGGUCCAACAUCUGAGCUGCCAAAAACCAAGACCACAACAACCACAGCAGGUGCAAGUACAACAACAACAGCUUCUCCAUCAGUCUUUCAACCAGUUUUCAUCUCAACACCAACAGUCCUUCUUCAGAGCACCGAACUACCACCAAGUCGGCCGUCAGCCGUGCCAGCUUCUAAAGCGACAACAGGGAAGCCACCCAACCCUGCCAGCACCAGCCUGGAUGAGGUGAUGAAGACAACAAAGAUCAUCAUUGGCUGUUUCGUUGCGGUGACACUGCUAGCAGCAGUCAUGCUAAUCGUGUUUUAUAAACUGCGGAAGCGGCAUCAACAAAGGAGCACAGUGGCUGCAGCCAGAACUGUAGAGAUUAUUCAAGUGGAUGAGGAGGACCUGCCUCCACCUGCCUCUGCUGCCAGUAUACCAGGGGAGGGAGCACUAACACUACCAGAGAUAAGGGACCAUAAUAGCAUUCACAAGUUGGAUUACAUAAACCACAAAUCAGACUACAGCUACCACAAACCCAAAACAGAUUAUAGCACCCAUAAACCCAAGUCAGAUUAUAGUAUCCACAAACCCAAACCUGACUUUAGCACUUACAAACCGAAAUCGGACUACAGUAUCCAGAUUCCCAAGACAGACUACAUUACACACAAACCAAAAUCUGAUUACAACACUUACAAACCAACAAUGGACUACAGCCCUCACAAACCAUCCUCAGACUACACUCACAGAUCAUUGCCAGAUUAUCACAUACAUAAAAAACCUGACCAGAGUCCAUACAAACCUGGAUAUAGCACUCACAAGCCAGACUACAAAUCUCAAACAGUCAAACCAGACUUCAGCCCUUUCAAACUAGAUUACAGCAUUCACAAACCCAAAACAGACUACAGCAUGCACAAACCCAAAACCGAUUACACUCCCCACAAAGCUGCUACCAACUACAGCCCCUUCAAGAUGGAUUGCAGUCCCUUCAAACCGGACUACAGUGCAUUUAAGGCAGACUACAGCCCACUCAAAGCAGAAUACAUCAGCCACAAACCAGACUACAGCCCCCACAAGCCUAAAGUGGAUUACAGUCCUCACAAAGAGGACUACAGCCCCCAUAAGCUCGACUAUAGCACUCUGAAGCCCAAGUAUAACACCUACAAGCCUGGAGGACACGGAGCUAAAUGGACAGAAACCAACAGCAUCGGAAACUCUCUUCCUCGAACCCUGCCCAGUACCAUCACCACUAUCUCAGAGCCCUUCGUUAUAAAAACACAUGCGAAGGAGAAAGUACAAGAGACUCAAAUCUAGCCCUCGACAACCCCCACCCCCAAAAAGAAAAAAUCAUAGCCAAUUCAUGGCCUGAAAAAUCAUCUCCCUAUUUCCUCUCAAACACUCCCAAGACACCCCCAUGAAAACAUGCAAUAGAAUGCACAAAGAGAAAAAAGAGACUGUUUUUUGUACAGCGUGAAAAACCUAGAGACUGAUUUCUUGUUGUACAUGCUUAUAAAUAUAUGGGAAAAAAAAUCAAAAACUAUCAUAGAGAAGCAGAUUAUAUUAAAAAAUAAAUUAAACUAUUUUCUAACUUGUAACUUCUAUUUAAAAAAUGAGUUGUUUAAAGAUGCUGUCCUGACUUUAAGAAAUGAGGGUAGUGUUGUUUUCAAAAGGGCAUUCUGUGUGAUUUCUAAACCAUGCUACAGAGAAUGCAGUGAAAAGAAAAUAAACAUUUAUACUGAGAAGUCUUUCUUUAAGAAAAAAAAGGUCCAUGUUGAUCUUUACAGAUUUAUCUUGUAAGCACCAUGAAUUUGUACUGUGCCAAAUGUUAUAAAUGCAAUAAAAAAAGAGGAUUUUUGGAAGAAAAAAAAAAACACAGUAGAGAUAUUUUUCUCUCUCUUUCUCUAUCUCACUCUCUCCUGGUGUACUGUAGCGAUCAGGCAAAGGGUUCAACCACUGCAGUAGGACUCUGCAGUUAGACUUUAACCCUGAAACUGCUGGAUGAUGCUUAAGCCUAAUGAGC